UAAUCACAGCUACCUGGAAGCAGUCCACCUUAGAAGGUAGACUUUCGAUUCAGAACCUGGAGACACGUAUCAUCAAUCCCUCCAUAUUUCUGACAUUUCUUGGUUUUAUGAUGCUUACCACAUUGCUUUGAGGAAAUCUAUAGGAAAAUACAAGUCAUUAGGAAUUAAGAUGAGCCUGGAGCACAUGGGUGGCUCAGUUGUUAAGCGUCUGCCUUCAGCUCAGGUCAUGAUCCGGGGGUCCUGGAAUCGACCCCCGCGUUGGGCUCCCUGCUCUGAGGGAAGCCUGCUUCUCCCUCUCCCCCUCCCCCUGCUUGUGUUCCCUCUCUCGUUGUCUCUCUCCCUCUGUCAAAAUAUGAAUAAAAUCUAUAAAAAAAAAAAAAAAAGGAAAAAGAAGGUUCAGCGUAUUACACAACAACUACUACUACUAGUACUCUCUCUUCUUCUUAGACUCCGGCCGGAAGACUGUGAAAAGCCAUUUUUUCAGAGACAGGGCCUUUUGGUGGGGCUCCCGCACUUGCCAGCUCACCCAGUGCACAGCCCCACCUUCCGCAAAGCCAGGACAGCUCUUUGGAGUUUCCCUCAUGGAUAUCUGUGAUAAAGACAACCUGCCCUUUCCAAUUCUGGAUAUGCUUUCCUUUAUUAAUCAAAAAGGGCCACUCACAGAAGGCGUCUUCCGCAAAUCAGCCAAUAUAAAAUCCUGCAGAGUCCUAAAGAAAAAACUAAAUUCUGGGGUCAAAGUGAACCCGUACAGCGAAUCUGUUCAUGUGGUCGCAUCCGUCUUCAAGGACUUUCUUAGAAAUAUCCAAGGAAGUAUAUUUUUAUCCGAUCUCUAUGACAAAUGGCUCAGUGUUAUUGAUCAAGGCAACAAAGAGGAGAAGAUAACUGCAGCCCAGAGGUAAUGAUGCCAUAAUUACUCUACUCUGGUCACAUCUCCAAAAUACACCCAACAUACUAUCAGGAAAACAUUGGCUUACGUUUUGCAGCUUUGCCUACUAAAAUCAUGACCAACGCCAAAGAGUUUCAAUUCUUCACACCCAUGGGGUCCAGCUUCAGAAUAGAGGCAUGCUUUAGGGCUAUUAUUGUUCUUCUCCUGAUCUUAUUAAUGUGGACUCCUUGGCCAUUUUACCCCUUCUGGAUCCAUGAAACUGGUAGACGAAAUUCCCUGGUCCAAGACAGAUGCUAGAGCAUUGACUUCCAGGGCUAUGACCUUAAAAGUCUGUGAAACAUUUAACUAAGCAGAGAAGUUGUUAUCUGGCUCAGGAACUGAAUUCAGUGCAACAAUUUUGUAUACCUUCAUGCCUGGAACUCUGCUAGAGCGGGUUGUGUGCUAGAUAUACAAGGAUGUAUCCUGUUCCCUGUCUCUGUUUUUCCAACCUCUUAAGUGGGAUCACUUGCCUAAUUUAAAAGUGUGUUUUUCUGACCUUAGGCUUUUAGCCCAGCUGCCAAGAGCAAAUGUUGUUCUCUUGCGAUACCUUUUUGGAGUGCUAUACAACAUUGAGCUACAUUCCUCAUCCAAUCAGAUGACAGCUUAUAAUUUAUCCGUUUGUAUAGCCCCAAGUGUUCUUUACCCACCUGAUUCCGGCAGCUUGGAAUUGGAAGACAACUUGAUA